CCCAUUUUAAAGAGUUUUGACCCUCGUUUUUCCUUCUCUCUCUCUCUCUCUCAGACAAGAGCUAUCUUCCAAUUUGAAGUGCGAAUUUUUCUUCUUUAUUCUUCUCCUGAAAAACAACCACCAAAAUGUCAUCAUUCAAAGCCCCCUCUUUCUCUCUUCCUUUAAUGGUUUAGGUUUGCCUUUUUCUCUCUCUCUCUUCUUGAACACACUCUUGUGCUUGGUAGGUUGUGCCGUUGAGGUGAUGGGCCCGAAACUCCACUGAAGAUUUUAAUGGUGAGAGGGGUCUCUAUCCAUCUCUCAGUGCUCCCUUUGCCCCCAUUUUCCCGCUGUCCCGCAUUUGGGUUUCUUGGGGUUUUCUCUAAAAAAAAUAGAACAACUUGGGCUUUCUGAUUUCUCUGCCUGAAGGCCAUUGGAGCUGACUUUCUGAGGUUUUGGCACAUGGGUUUUUUAUUUUGGUCAUGGGGUUUGGAGAUAAUGUGGUAAUGAUUUUGGGGGUUGUGUUUUGGUCAACUUCGGUUGACUUUGGCUUAUGGGUAUUGCUUCUUCAAUGUGUUUAGCUUGUGAUCCUGAGGUUGGUUUUGAGCUGCCUGGGAGGUUUCUUGAGAUGGGUGUUUAAUUCUGGAGGUGGGUUUUGGAAGAUUAAGAGGAAACUUAACUGAAUAAUCAAAAAGUGAUUUAUGUUUGUGUUUUGAAGGCGAAUUUUGGACCUCGAGUGACAUUGAUUGGUAGGUUUUGUGAUGAAUCGUGCAUUUGUUACAUCUAUGUGUUUCGUGUGGGAGAUGAUGAUGAUUGAGAGAUAAGUACUUGAUUUGGGAGGUGGGCUUUUGAUAAAUCUGGUAUUGGCAAGUCCUUCAACGAAGAGAAAUGGACAGAGUGAUUCAACCUCCUCUGGUUGAUACAACAGCAUGUUUAUGUAGGGUAGAUGCAGGCCUCAAAACUGUUGCCGGUGCCAAAAGAUUUGUUCCUGGAUCAAAACUCUGUCUUCAGCCUGACAUUAAACCAUCCAUUCACCCAACAAGGUGCAAACCAUCACGUGGUGACAGGAGCAGAAACCAAUCCCCUCUGCUUCCAGGACUUCCUGAUGAUCUUGCUAUUGCUUGUCUAAUCCGGGUCCCCAGGGCUGAGCAUCGCAAACUUAGGCUGGUCUGUAAAAGAUGGUAUCGUCUUUUGGCCGGCAACUUCUUUUACUCACUCCGCAAGAGCCUUGGUAUCGCGGAAGAAUGGAUAUAUGUCAUCAAAAGAGACCGAGAUGGGAAAAUAUCAUGGCAUGCCUUUGAUCCUACAUAUCAGCUGUGGCAGCCCCUCCCUCCUGUUCCCAAGGAAUAUUCUGAAGCCCUUGGGUUUGGUUGUGCUGUUCUUAGUGGCUGUCACCUCUAUCUGUUUGGUGGCAAAGACCCGAUGAAGGGAUCAAUGAGGCGUGUAAUUUUUUAUAGUGCCCGCACUAAUAAAUGGCACCGUGCCCCUGACAUGCUUCGUCGGCGACAUUUUUUUGGUUCUUGUGUCAUAAACAACUGCUUGUACGUGGCGGGUGGAGAGAAUGAGGGUGUGCACCGAUCCUUGAGAUCAGCUGAAGUCUAUGAUCCAAACAAGAACCGGUGGUCCUUUAUUUCGGACAUGAGCACCGCAAUGGUUCCCUUCAUUGGGGUUGUCUAUGAGGGCAAGUGGUACUUGAAGGGGCUUGGGUCUCAUCGGCAGGUUCUAAGCGAGGUCUACCAACCAGAAACAGACAGCUGGUACCCGGUCUAUGACGGAAUGGUUGCAGGUUGGAGGAACCCAAGUACUUCCCUAAAUGGGCACCUUUAUGCCUCGGACUGCAAGGAUGGGUGCAAACUUAGGGUUUAUGAUGAAGUGAGUGAUUCCUGGAGCAAGCAUAUUGACAGUAAAAUGCAUUUGGGGAAUUCUCAGGCUUUGGAGGCAGCUGCUCUUCUUCCCCUGAAUGGAAAACUGUGUAUCAUCAGAAACAAUAUGAGCAUUUCUCUGGUUGACGUUUUGAAAUCUGAAGAUGUAAGGGGCCCUACAGCUGAACAUUUAUGGGAAACUAUAGCAGGGAAAGGACAGUUCAAGACUCUGGUCACAAAUCUCUUGUCCAGCCUUGCUGGCAGGAGCCGCCUGAAGAGUCACAUUGUUCAUUGCCAGGUUCUUCAAGCUUGAAGCUAGAGGCUGUAUAUCAGAAGUAAAGGUGGGUCAGAACUUUUUAGUGUCCCUUUUUUGCAUUUCAUGGGCUAUAUAACAUGCAUAUUGUAAAGCUGAAACCUUUGCCUGAUUCGUCGUGUUGGUGAUGCACAUAAAUCUGUCGUAGGUUCAUCAUAUUCAAAGUAGAGAUCAUGUUUACCGUGAGGGAUGCUAGAUGGAUGAGGAUGUUUGUUUUGCUAGA